UACUUUUCUUUUAUUUUGAAUUAUUUUUAGUUAUUUCAUUGUUUUUUUUUACAGCUUGCUUUGUUGGAUUUUAAUAAUAAUGGUGGUUCUGAACAAAUUGAUUUAAUUUGUGAUUCUUGGGUCAAAUGGGUGGAUUUCAACCAAGUUGAUUUGACUAAGUUUGAUCUGGUAAGAUAUUUUUUUAAUGAUUGAUUGGCUUAUAUAGUCACUAUUUUAGUUGUUAUAGCUACUAAUAGGUAGUUAGUACUUGUGCAGUCACUUUUUUUUAGAUAUAUUUAUUGAUUCAGUGAUAUAUAAUAUACAGAUUGUUGUCCCGAUAUUGAAAGGCAGUCAGUACUUCUUACUUCUUCUGAAUAUGAAGUUAAGAAUGGUUCAAUGGAUAGACAAUGUGAACCAUACUGCUGUUUCAGAAGAAGAAAUUAGAAAGCUCGGUGACACUAUGAAAGAUUUGUUGUCAACAAUUUUUGAUGAUAAGAUGCAAGCUACUCAUGUUAUUCCAUUAUGGAAAAUGGAACGAGUUCCCACCGAUUGGAAAAUGACUGCUAGGACAAACAUUGAAAGUGAUGUAUUUAUGAUGAUGAGCAUGCUGUUUUUCGAGGGAACAGUUGAUUUCCAGUGUCCAAUAUUGAAUGCAGCUCCAUUGAGACAUGUGGCAAGAGUUAAGAUUGCCGGAUCUUUAUUGUUAUCUGAUUUGAACAAACAAAGAUCCAAAGUUUUAGAAGAGCUGUCCAAUUUUAAAGAUAAAAGACGCUCCAUUGCCAAACAAGUUUCUAUCAGAAGAUUAAAGAUUCGUUAA